AUGCAGCAAAAGAUCGUGAUCAAGGUGAGCAUGCCGUGCGGGAAGUGCCGGUCCAAGGUCAUGGCGCUGGUGGCGGCGGCGUCCGGUGUGAACUCGGUGCGGGUCGCCGGCGACGGCACGGACCGGCUGGAGGUGGUCGGCGACGGCGUCGACCCGGUCUGCAUCGCCAACCGCAUCCGCAGGAAGAUCGGCUACGCCGAGAUCGUGCAGGUGGAGGAGGUGAAAGAGAAGAAGUCGGUUCCCCCCAUGCCCGUGCCGGCCAUGCCAUUGCCGCCGGAGCUGUGCUACGGCUACCCUCUUCCCUGCUACCAGCACCACCACCCGCCGCCGCCGGUGUAUGUCUACGGCGAGCAGCCGGGGGGCAGCUGCCCAAUCAUGUAA